AUGGGAGUCAUCGUGGAGCACGUGCGCGCCCUGGCGCAGCUGGGAAGCGUGCUUGGCGCGGAGACCAGUCUCCUGCAGCCGCACAUGCAGAAGAUAGUGCAGGUGACUAUGCGGUCGCCGGACUUGACGGUCGAAGAGAGUCAGGAAGCCACGGCUCUGCUGCGCGAAGCGUCUCUGCCUGAGGACAUGAAGACCCGGCUGCGCACUGCGUUUGAAGAGCGCCUGCGCUUGCCGAAAAACACCGGCAAGGCCGUGCGGCAGAACUGGUGCGCGCUGCCUCUGUACUUGCCGCAGGAUCUACUCCAGCAUCUCAUAGGCGAGGAUGGCAUGUACGUCAAGCUGGACACACUCGUGCAGUACCUCCUCGCAGUCGGUCUCCGGACGCCAACGGAGCCAACGCUCGGCGUCGUGACUGUUCUGUGUAACCUCGGCGCGAAGCCUGCUCUGCUUCACCCGGAAACGGCGCACGAGCUGUUUCUGAAAUGCAAGGCACGAGCGCGGACGUAUCUCGACAAAGCUGCGCCCUGGACAGGGGAGAUGCUCACGGAGCUGCCGCCAGACCCGCGGCAGCUCAAGGCUCCCAACGUCUUCUUCAAGGAGGCGCCCAGGGAGAUCGUGAUGCCGCCUGUCUUCGCUGACUUCUUGUUGCUGUGCAACUCCCUGCCGCUGCGAGGCAACCACGCGCUGCUGCACAAAUCCAGCGGGAGAACACAAAAGACGGCCCGAGCUCAAGCGCCGCAGCCCAGUCAGGUCCCGGCUUUGCUGACAUUGCCGCCGGCACCAGCCAUGACUGACUUGCAGGCGUCGCGGCCGCUGCUGGCACUGCCUGCACCUCCUGGGGCCGCAGCGCAGGAGUUAUGCCCGACCACCGCGAUGGCGCCAGUGUUGCAGGUGGAGACCUCAUCGACGCCGCUCUUGGCACUUGGCACCGCCGCCGACCCGCCCGCGGCAACUGCUCUCUCGGCAUCGGCAAGCCCCUGUUCCCUUCCCGUUGCCGCGUCUACGCCGCAGCCCCGGCCCGGGAAGCGCAGUUUGGCCCAGUGCGUGGAGGAUCUCAAGCAGGCGAGAAAGGAGGUGAAGCAAGGCAAGCAGCCAGACACCGCUAGCACGGAACCUUCGCUGCCGCCCAAAAAGGAAGGUCUCGCCGAGAAACCAAGGCGACUUGGCCAGAAGACGGCCCCGGAACCGCGGCCUGUGGCUUCGCCUGCCAGGGUUUCCAGCAAAAAGGGGCCGUCAGGAAAGCAGAAGGCCGUGCCGCCUGUCGAGGCAGCUGCGUUCGACACCAAAGAGGGAGGAGACAUGGCGUCGGUGGACGGCCUCUAUGUCGUUUACGCGACAGCCAAGAGUUACCUGCUGGCUCUCACUGGCGGCCGAAAGCGGCUCUUGGUGAACAUCGAUGCCUCCGCGCACAGCAAGCACGCGGAGUGGAUCCGCAAGCUGCACGUGCAAGCGGAAAAGAAGAAAGGCGUCCGCUACUGCGACCUGAAGAAGGAGUUGCUCGAGAAGCGAGCAAAGCUCUACGCUCAGGAGAAGAAGCGCUGA